AUGACAUUCCGGUUUCCGGGAUCGCUCGUGAACAGAGCUUUGCGCAGCCGACUUCUUACAGCGCAGCAAUACCGUGCUACUACUGCCUCCCAACGACUACCGCAGACAUGGAUCGCCUCAAGCAACUACCACCGCUAUUCCUCCUCCUACUCCUCCCCCAACCGCUUUCCCGAUAAAAAUAGAGAUAGAGAUUCUCGCCGCAGAGGAUAUGGCCCAGAACGCUCCGAGAGGGUUGGUGAGAACCAUUUUAAGAACCGGCAUAGAGAUAGACAGGGGGUUCAGGAUGUCGUAUCUAAGGAGAAUCACGAGAUUUUGAUGGCUAUUGCGUCGGGGUCGUUUACUGGGCGUUAUAGCAAUGAGCGCGAAACUUCUGAAAGUGACGCUCUGGACUCCGAGGCUGCUGUACGCGAGGACUUGGAGAAUGAUCCCUAUAACUACGAGGAGGGUGGAAGUGAGGCGCAGGAGAAUGAGGUCUCUGAUGAUCAGACAUCCGAAGAACAAGAGGUUGAGGCCGAGGCCGCCGAUGGCGAGGCUUCCGAGAACGACACCUAUCGUCGCCCCCUUUCAACAAUGCCCAAGCUCACACCUAAGAUUAUCAAUGAGGAGUUGAAAUGGUUGAAUGACCCUCGCAAAAUGGCGGAUCGCGUCGCGCGCAUUUUGCACAGUGGCAAUCCGGCCCUGGCGGCGGCCUUGGUUCGCGCUGGAACAAAGCAGGGCUUGAGAUGUGAUGUUGCUUGGAACCAUCUCCUGCAAUACUGCAUGGAUCAAAAUCACCCGCAGGCUGCGUUUAAAUUCUACAAUGAUAUGAAAAAGCGUGGCAGAAGACCAACCCCCCGAACGUAUACGAUCAUGUUGAAGGGCUUCAGCUCAGCCCCGAGGUCAUUGAGUAUCGCGAAAACUGCCGCCUCUGUCUACCGCUCGAUUGAUUCACCGAACUCUGGAGUCAAACUUGAUAUCAUCCACACCAAUGCUAUGCUUACCGUUUGCCACCGCCAUUGGGAUAUGGAUCGGCUGUGGAAAAUUGCCGGUGACCUACCUGAAGAAGGACCAGGUGCCCCGGAUGCUACCACCUACACCAUUAUCUUGAACGCUGUCCAAUUCGCAGCUCGCAGAGAUAUGCAGAGAAGGUCUCCUGAUGAGAUUGAAAAGAUUCUCGAACGAAAGACCCAGGUUAUUGCCGAAGGCAAGCGGAUUUGGGCCGAUGUCAUCUGGCGGUGGAAGAACCAAACCUUGCAAAUUGACAAUGAACUUGUUAACGCCAUGGCCAGCUUACUUCUGGAAGGAGGUAGUGAUAUUGACUGCUACAAUGUCAUGGAAUUGUACAAGCAAACUAUGGGGAUCCCCAUAUUACAAAAGCGACCCACUGAGAACGAGACGACGACGCGCCGCAGGAUCACUCCCGAGCAAACUCAAGCACUCGAAGUCCAAGAGGCUGUGCGGCAAUCAAAUAUGGAAGAUGUUCCGUUCGUAGACGAAAAUAAUCGACCGAUUGAAAGCUUGGAAUCGGCCGAGGAAGUUGAGCAACGCUUGAGAGAAGAAGUGGAAGAAGUGGAGGAGAAAGAGGAAGAAGUUGAAGAGGAGGAAGAGGAAGACUUUACAGAACUCUUCAAACCUGUCGUUCCCCAGGCGGAGGAGCUCUCAUUCCUUAAACCAGACAGCAAGGAACUGACUCUUAUCCUGAAUGCUUGUUUCACCAUGACCCAAGGAUCCGAGGGUGGACAGGCCUACUGGAAACAUAUGACUUUGGAAGACCACGAUUACCGCAUUGACCCCGACACCUUCACCUACAUCCAAUAUUUCCGCCUCCUCCGCAUCUCCCGCUCCAGCAAAAUCAGCGUCAAAACCAUGCGCGAGCAGAUGGUUCCCUCCGGCCAAGCAAACGGAACCGCAUUCCACGUUGCUCUCAGCGUCUGUCGCCGUGAUCGCCGCAACCACUCAAUGCUCCAACAUGCGAACGAGCUAGUCGGUCUAAUGGAUAAAGCAUUGAUCCUACCCGACAUCCGCGUCCUCGAAGGCUAUCUGGAAACGAUCCAGAUCCUUUCCACCAACCCGUCCGUCCUCCUGCACCUCAGAGGACUCGACACUACCGAAAAAUCCACAACCUCUAGACCCACUAAACUGCAUGACAUGGGCCGGAAACUACAAGCGAAGCUGCGACUAGUUGCCAUCGCCACCUUACGACCAUAUAUCCAUCAGCUUCACGAAGCGAUGGAGAACGGUAAACCCGAGUCGAAGACUCGUUGGAGCGCCAUCCAGAAUACAAUGUCGGAUGCUGUUGCCGGUCCGGCGGCUGUGAAGAUCAUGGCGCGGGUUCGGCUGGUGGUUGACGAUACCCUCAAGCUUGACUAUAAGUCUCAUGUUUCGAAGGCUGAGCGCAAGGCGCUUGAGGCUGACUCGAAGAUGCUGAAGAAGUAUUCUGAUAAGGAUGUCAUUGCGGCUUUCAGGAAACAGAAGGUAUACCCGACGAUUCAGCAGAAGGAGGAUGCCCGGAACCGUAUUAGAAAGUUCCAGUCGGAGGCUAGGAAUUCUCGGGAUCAAAAAGGCUCGGAUCAGCAAGAGGAGCGAGAAGCACGGAUUGAGGCUUAA